GGAAGAGGUUCUUGGACUUGUCACAGGAGCCCGGGUUUGUUGAAGAACUUUUUUGGGGACGUCUUCCCUGCCAAUGGAAGAAUGGAGUUAAGAGGAGAGACCGUUGGGGCAGUGGGAUAAGCCCUGGGCCAAGGCAGAUUUGAGUCUCUCUACGGAGAAGGGCUAGGCCUAGUUUGGGCUUAGGUUUCCUUUUCUGCAAUGGGAUAAGAUGAGCCUUGGUAGUGGUGGGACAAACAAGUGAAGAGUAUGAACUGUACUCUUCCCAGGUUCUGUUGGAGUGCUGACCUCACACCCUGGCAUCGGCCUUAGCCGUGGAUUUGGCCGUCUAUACACCUUAGGCCAGACUCCAUCUUUCCCAGAUGCUCAGCUGGCUCUCACAGCUGAGGAGGUAGAAGCCAAGCAGGCCAGGCAGCCUGCUGUGGUCAAAGCCUUACAGAAAGGCUGGGCGGUCCAUUCUAGACCCUUCUAAUAAGCUCCUUACCCCAGCGACUUGCUCAGCCCGGCUCGGACUUCACUUCAGACCUUGUCAUUGCCCUCAGUUCUGGGACUUGGGAGCUGUAUGAGAAUGAUAACCUGAGGGCUCGGGGCGGAUGUGCCUGGCCUUAACUUUGUCAAGCUAGCUAUAUCAAGCGGCAGGGUGCUUAGUGCUCUUAAAUGAGCAUAAAUGCAGCUGGGCAGAGAUGUGUUGUUAUGGAGAUUGUAAAUGCCAAAGCUUCAGGCAGGUGGGGGCUGAGGAGCAAUUCAUGGGCCGGGUGGGAGCAUAAGUGUUAAGGCUGAAGAUGACCUUGCAAGGACUGACCCUGCAACCUCUCCUGUCUAUGCACACGGAUUCAGACAACUUUUCUCCCUUGAAGAUGUCCUGGCGACCGCAGUACCGCAGUUCCAAGUUUCGGAACGUGUAUGGGAAAGCGGCCAACAGGGAGCACUGCUUUGACGGGAUCCCCAUCACCAAGAAUGUACAUGACAACCACUUCUGUGCAGUCAACGCCCGCUUCCUGGCCAUAGUCACUGAGAGCGCAGGAGGUGGCUCCUUCCUCGUCAUCCCCCUGGAGCAGACAGGCAGAAUCGAGCCAAACUACCCCAAGGUAUGCGGUCAUCAGGGCAACGUGCUGGACAUCAAAUGGAACCCCUUCAUUGACAACAUCAUCGCCUCUUGCUCCGAGGACACUUCGGUGCGGAUCUGGGAGAUCCCUGACGGUGGGCUGAAGCGGAACAUGACCGAGGCGCUCCUGGAGCUCCACGGACACAGCCGCCGUGUGGGGCUGGUUGAGUGGCACCCCACGACCAACAACAUUCUCUUCAGCGCUGGCUAUGACUACAAGGUCCUCAUCUGGAACCUGGACAUAGGCGAGCCAGUGAAAAUGAUUGACUGCCACACCGACGUGAUCCUCUGCAUGUCCUUCAAUACAGACGGCAGCCUGCUCACCACCACAUGCAAGGACAAGAAGCUGCGUGUGAUUGAACCCCGAUCCGGCCGUGUUCUACAGGAGGCAAACUGCAAAAACCACAGAGUGAAUCGGGUAGUGUUCCUGGGCAACAUGAAGCGGCUCCUCACGACAGGGGUCUCCAGGUGGAACACAAGACAGAUCGCCCUCUGGGACCAGGAGGAUCUGUCCAUGCCAAUGAUCGAAGAAGAAAUUGAUGGACUCUCAGGCCUCCUGUUCCCAUUCUAUGAUGCUGAUACCCACAUGCUCUACCUGGCUGGAAAGGGGGAUGGAAACAUCCGGUACUAUGAGAUCAGCACGGAGAAGCCCUACCUGAGCUACCUCAUGGAGUUCCGCUCCCCAGCCCCACAGAAAGGCCUAGGUGUCAUGCCCAAGCAUGGGUUGGAUGUGUCUGCCUGCGAGGUCUUCCGCUUCUACAAGCUGGUGACCCUCAAGGGCCUGAUUGAACCCAUCUCCAUGAUUGUACCCCGGAGGUCAGAUUCCUACCAGGAGGACAUUUAUCCCAUGACACCAGGCACAGAGCCAGCGCUGACCCCUGAUGAAUGGCUGGGAGGCAUCAACCGAGAUCCCGUGCUGAUGUCUCUGAAGGAAGGCUAUAAGAAGUCUUCAAAAGUGGUAUUUAAGGCCCCCAUCAGAGAAAAGAAGAGCGUUGUCGUCAACGGCAUAGAUUUAUUAGAAAAUGUCCCACCCAGGACAGAGAAUGAGCUCCUCAGGAUGUUCUUUAGGCAGCAGGAUGAGAUUCGAAGGCUGAAGGAGGAGCUGGCACAGAAGGACAUCCGGCUCCGUCAGCUCCAGCUCGAACUGAAAAACCUGCGCAACAACCCCAAGAACUGCUAGCCCCGCCUCGGGCUGUGUUAGCCCCGCCUUGGGCUGAGUAAGCCCCGCCUCGGGCUGUUUUCCAAGCCGAUCUCUCCGUUGUUUUUACUGGUCCCUAAACUGCCUCUUAUCUGUAGAGCCCAGAGACAGGGCCUGGACUGGAGCUGGGGACCAGUUGGUAGACCCUACCUACCACCUCAAGAACUGGAAGCUGACCUUUGACCUCCUGACUUCAUGCUAACAUCGGUCCCCCAGCCUCUCCUGGAAAGCCCACCCCUGACUGGCUGCGGCUUCUCCUUGCAGCCCCAAGAGCCAGGCUUUCCCCCUUGGCUCCCGGCAAGUCUCCUCAGAGGGACAGGAUGAGUGGGAUUACAGCCUGGUUUAGAUCUUGAAUGUGUCCCCUGCAGAGGGGCUGCCAGGACCUAUCUACACAGGAACCAGUCGCUCUGACCCCAGCAUUCCUUCUGAAACACAGAGAGGGCUGGAUUGUGGGGAGAGCGCUCUGCCCACCUUCUGCCUCCUUCUGCUCCUGCUGCCGAGCAAGCUCAAGUCAUCUCACCCAAUGGUUGAGCGCCUGGCAGCCCGCCCUUUUCUUUCUGAACUCCCUCCCACCCCUUUGUCUUCAGGGAAUGAAGAGGAUGUGCUCCAUGGCCAUAAUGACCCUUUGCCUACCUACCCUGUGGUUCUCUUCAAAGCUCUUUUACACCACUUUUCCAUUUAAUUCGUGAAGCAGGCAGAGUAAGGAUUAGUGUCCCUACCUGUCAAAUGACAGAACCGAGGGGUCACUCAGAGGGUCAGCAGCAGACCAAGUACCCUUGGUAUCCAGAGCUUUCGGCCAGGGCCCUUCCCACUGUAUUGAGAUGCCAAUCCCCUUGUGGGCUUCCCCAGAAAGAGACCUGGAAGCCACUUCCACUGUCUGCCCAACACCAGUAGUGCCAACACGCAGGCUGAGGCUCUCACACUCAGUGCCCUGGACCCUCCUGGCCUGCGCUCCUUGCUCUCACUCUCUGCUGGGGGGGGGGGGGGGGCUCCAUCUGACAGUGAGGCCUCUUCCUGGAAGCUGAGGCAGAGAGAAAGAAUAGAGUUUGGCCCUUGGGCAGGCAGAGCAAGAUGGCUUCCAGGGACGCUCUGCCUGUGUCUCCCUCCACCCCGCUCCCUUCCCACUCCCAACCCUGCUAUCUCAGCCACUUUCAGCCUUACACACACAGGAUGACCACAGCCACUCCACCCACAUAGCACUUUAAAGUUUACCCAGGUUUUUGACACAUAGAUCUCACCGACUCGUGCAUCUGCCCUACUUUACAGUGAAGGUAACCAGGAAAUGGCCCUCUGCACGCAGCUCUGGGAUGCGGCAUCUCUUUGGUCCUCUACACGCUUGCUUUAGCCCCUCUCCCCUCCCUCUCUCCAUUCUCCACCUAACACAUGGAGCUCAAAAGCACUGGUGUCAGGACAGUCACCGCCCUUUGGGUAGAGGAGAUGUGGGGACCUCGGUCACCGGCUGGGAUCUGCUAUACAUAGGACACUUCUUGCCUGCCCACCCUGCAAAACUUCCCAACUGCAGAUGCCCUCCAGGCGAGCUGAGGUGAGAUUUCCCCAGCCCUGGGGCCUCUCCUCUCCAACCACCGACGUUCCCCACUCCCAGCGUGCUAAAGCGAGUUCUCCUCCCCACCACCACAGCUAGACUGUCAGCUCUCAUCUCCCCUCCACACUUCUGGAAUUUUCUUUCUCUCCAUUGACCUUUGUGGUCUUCUGUGAUUAUUUAUGCUGCCUCCCAAGGUUAGAAUUGAAAUAAAAUGUUUUCAGGUUAUCAAGCCA